GAUUCGCCGCAACUUGACAACUGCGGCGCAAUACAAUCUGCAGUGAAGAAACACGGCUCAAAGGACUCGCUGUCAGCAGCAAGCUCUGUGCUCGCCAGGCGCGAGCCUCGUUUUGUCCGACUCUUGAACUCGUCCUUGUCCUUUGUCUUUUGAUUACCUGCAUUUUCCGCCAUCGGCCACAAAUCGCCAAGAUGAUGUUAGACGAGAAAUACAUUGGGCUGGGGCUAGCCAUUUCGUCCAGUUUGGCGAUCGGUACGAGUUUCGUGAUUACGAAAAAGGGUUUGAUACAAGCGGAAGAGAAGCAUGGCUUUUCUGGUGAAGGUUUCGUCUAUCUAAAGAGCCCAAUAUGGUGGGCUGGCAUCAUUACCAUGGUCAUCGGAGAGAUUUGCAACUUCGCCGCAUACGCCUUCGCCCCGGCUAUCCUCGUUACUCCAUUAGGAGCGCUGUCGGUCCUGAUCGGCGCUGUUUUGGGAUCCUAUUUCUUGAAGGAGGAGCUGGGCGUGCUGGGCAAGCUCGGAUGCGCCAUUUGUCUCCUGGGCGCCAUCGUUAUCGUCCUCCAUGCCCCUCCCGACGAAGACAUUCAGACCAUUGACGAGAUCUUGCAAUAUGCCAUACAGCCUGGUUUCCUCCUAUACUGCAUGGCAGUGACUAUCUUUGCGACCAUCAUGAUCUACAAGGUAGCGCCUGUCCAUGGCAAGAAGAACCCAUUGAUCUACUUGUCCAUCUGCUCGACCGUCGGCUCUGUCUCUGUCAUGUCGGUCAAGGCUUUCGGCAUUGCCCUGAAGCUUACCUUUGCCGGCAAGAACCAAUUUACGCACUCGUCGACCUAUGUCUUCAUGAUCUUGACGACGGUCUGCAUUCUCACGCAGAUGAACUACUUUAACAAGGCUCUCAGCCAGUUCUCAACCCAGAUUGUUAACCCGCUGUACUACGUCACCUUCACUACCGCCACUCUUUGCGCGUCCUUUAUCCUGUUCUCUGGCUUCAACACGACCGAUCCGACCAACACAAUCUCUCUCCUCUGCGGCUUCCUCGUGACUUUUACGGGCGUCUACUUGCUCAACCUCUCGAGACAAGAUCCCAACGGAAUCAGGAUGCUUGCUGGCCAGCACUCGGAUGUAGGAGGAACCGACAUGGUUUCCAGCAUCCAAACACGGCUCAGCAUGCAAGCACGACGGAGCAGCGUCGGUAGCCGUGGCCACACAGACCGCGAUGGCUUGAUGCGGGCAUAUGAUGAAGAGGCUGCCAAUGGCGGGUAUGACCUUGACGACCUCGCUGAGGACAGCGACGAUGAAUCGAAGGGACAAAAUGGCCACACACCGGUGAAUGCGACACGCCGUUGAUUGGGGCGAGCAUGGUUAAAAAAGACAUAGGGUUAUCUCAACUGUUAGUGCCCGCCAUCGGAGUACUCGAACAAGGUACAUACCAGAGCGAAAGAUGGCACGUCUCAAUACGCCUAUGCAUCGUAACUCCGCCUCUGGGCAUGUGUCGCUUCAAUUCUCGAAUAUUUCUCAGGCUGGUCUUGGGUACACCGUUAAGAAUAAGGCAUGCGAAGGGGGCUACAAAGCUGAGCUCGCUCACAUAUGCCCUUGCAGCGGGCGCAAUGGGCGCCGCUGGCUCACGCCGCGCAUGAUGACUUGAUUGGAGUUAUUGGGCUGUGGUUGAUGCAAUGGUUGGAGUCCGGCGUCAAAGCUUGAAGCAGCGAAAUGAGCAUUUCGAGGGCAUGCCGGGCCGCGCGAGCGGCUUGAUUGACUAACUUGGUCCACU